AUGGCCUCCCCACAUAUACCGCUACCCUGCAUCUUCCCUUAUGCCUCCGAGGAGUCACGAGAUAUUGCUACCAAUGAUGAGGCAGCUGGCCAUCAGUUGGGUUUGGACAUGCCGGUCAACGGGCAGUAUGGAUUAUCCAGAUGGUGUAUCCCAGCUGGAGCUGGUAUCUGGGAGCCCAGUCGGGGUGAUCGGAUCAACGGUCCCAUCUUGGUUUCGUUUUCCGGGUAUGAGCUGGUUGAGAUACGGUGA